GGUUCAUUUGUAUGGGGGAAGUUCGUUCGAUCUUAUAUUAUGCUCCUCUAUCAGGACCCUACUUCCUAUGAAUGAAAUCGUGUUCAGUGACACCCGUAAAAUCAUUCUCAUAUGCCAUUUUCACCCGAAAUGAAUUUUUCAAAUUUUUAAAUUCAAAUGAUCAUCUCUCUUUAAAAAAAAUCAAUGCGGAAAAUCUAUAAAAUAGGUAUUUAACAAAUUUAUUAAAUAUCUAUUACAUGUAUAUAAAAGAAUGUAUGUAAACGUGUGGCACUUAGUGUUGGUGUUUAAAAUAUUUGUAAAUGUUUGCAAUUAUUUCAAUUGAUGUGGCUAAGACAAACGAUGGUAAAAAUUGAAUUGACAAAUGGUUUCAUCCAAACGUGAUAAUUAAAUGAAAGCGAGAUUUGGCUGUGUACCCGGAUAACGUAUUUCAACACAAGCCACUGUUUUGUUCGUGAUAACGUUAAUGACAAGGUCUGACCAUUAAUUUCCAUUUCUACUGGAAUCCAGGUGCCUCCAAUUGACUACCCAGAUCAUCUAAUAUGCAGAACAUGUAUGAAUGAAUUUACCAUGGGUUACGGUUUAUUUUGUCAAUUUUCUAUUUGUGACAUUAGGGUAGUCAGUACACGUGGUGAUGUGGAAGGAUAAUUCGCCAGGGAACAAUAGACCAGAGCGGGUCGAACCAUUCGAAGGGUUAUGCAAAAUUAGCUAACCAACAUCCUCUAAUCAGAAAUUGUCAAACAAAUUGUUAAACCAAUGGUAAGGAAGACAGUACGAACUAAAUUGACCCUAUAAUCACAAUACCGCCAUCGACUGCAAAACCCUAGUUCCACCCACUGAUUGGAUUUCCGGCUUCAGAAAUGUGAAUCAAAAAGACUGCACGGAGCAAUCAGGAAUUCGAUUCGGAAAAAAUCAACAAUGAUUUGUGAGGUUGAAUUUGAGUCAGGCAGUGGUUUCUCGUUUAGCCGAAGGUCUUGAGGGUGGUUGUUUUGUGGAUAACGAGAUCACUUAUUUCAUUAGAAGGGAGAAUUUAAAGCGAGGGAGAAAAUAUCAAGUCGGAUAGUGAGCCGUCUGGAGUAGAAUUUCCAGCUUUCAUCCUCCCUUGGAGAGCGAGGAAAGUGCGAUGGUGCAGUAAUUAGUGCAGGAUUACAACUACCCUGAGCGAUCGAAGUUAAGGGUUGCUCGAGGGUGGUUUUGUGCCUUUGGCGAGCGCGUGUCGUCUCGUGGAUACGUCGAUGUGCGUGUGUUAAAAAAAAAUGAAAAUGUGGUGGUGCCGGUGGAGUGUCGCGGCAAUGGUGUCGGUGCUGCUUGAGGUUGCUGCAGUGUACUCGCAGGUCGAGAUAUCAGAUCUGGAUAAGCCAACACCGACAAUUCCGGUUACUGGAGUCGCUGGUUCUAAGGCGCAGCUUCCUUGCGACAUUCACUCGGCGCACAGUGACGUUGUUGUUAUGGUUCUCUGGUACAAAGAAGGGAGCAAUGAACCUAUUUACAGCUUCGACGUCCGCGGUGGGCGCGCUUUUAGCAACGCUCGCUUAUGGUCAUCACCUAUGGCAUUGGGUCCCAGAGCUUACUUCGUCACUGCGUCGAAAAUGGCUCAUCUCAGUAUCGAUCGGUUGGAAGUGAAAGACGAGGGGACUUAUCGAUGUCGAGUUGACUUCGAGAACUCGCCCACUCGGAAUCAGAAGAUAAAUCUAACUGUAAUCGUUACACCAGAGAGGCCAACUAUUCGGAAUGGUUCUUCGAUGGAAAUCAUCACGAGAGUAGAGCAACCCUAUAACGAGGGAAGUAACGUGAAUCUGAUCUGCGAAGUUCGAGGUGGGAAACCGCCCCCAAAGGUCACGUGGUUUCUCGAGAACAUGGUGAUAGACGAAUCCUAUCACUACAUAGACGACAUGGAUGUGACGUCUAACCACUUGUCGUAUCCCGCAGUUGGUCGACAGCACUUGCAAGCAAGGCUGAUCUGUCAAGCCAGCAAUACCAACUUGGUGCCGGCUCAAAGCAGGGUACUCGUACUCGACGUGAAUCUUAAGCCUCACAAAGUGCAGAUUUUGACAAAAGAAAAGAAAGUCAAGGCAGAAAAAAAAUAUGAAGUGGAAUGUCGAACUACGGGUUCAAAACCGGAAGCUGUAAUAACCUGGUGGAAGGCAAAUAAACAAAUGACAAACACCCAAACUUAUGGGCUGAAGAACAAUCAUACCCUCAGCGUGCUCAACUUUGUACCAAGUAUCGAUGACGAUGGCAAAUACUUGACCUGUCGAGCAGAGAAUCCAGUGAUACCUGAUAGUGCGAUGGAGGAUAAAUGGUUAUUGGACGUGCAUUAUGAACCAGUCGUGACCUUAAGGAUGGGUGAACGUUUGAACUCUAAGGACAUCAAAGAAGGCGACGACGUAUAUUUUGAAUGCCACGUUCGAGCCAAUCCCAAAGCUUACAAAUUAUCCUGGUUCAAAGACGGAAAGGAACUAAAAGGAACGACCGGCAUCCUCUUGAAUGACCGUUCUUUAGUUCUACAAAGCCUUACUCGAAAUUCAGCCGGGGAUUACACCUGUCGAGCUGUUAACAACGAGGGAAAAACAGACAGUAAUCCUGUCACUUUGAAGAUAAUGUAUACACCAGUAUGCAAGGAGAACAAAGCAGAGGUGGUGGUAGGUGCCUUAAAGCAGGAAACUGUGUCAUUAGUUUGUACAGUGGAUAGCCAUCCCGCACCCUUGACAUUCCAUUGGACCUUCAACAACUCUGGGGAGUUAAAUGAACGGCCUGAGCACAAUUCUAUAUUGAACUACACGCCUGCCACAGAUAUGGAUUACGGAACGAUUGCCUGCUGGGCGAGUAACCAGGUGGGCAGGCAACGGACGCCCUGUCUGUUCCAAGUUAUAGCGGCAGGGCGUCCAUACGUUUUACAUAAUUGCACUGCUACAGAAAUGUCUUCUCCGAUAGAUUUGGAAGAAAACGGUUCCAAAUCGGGAACAGGCCUCAUGGUUCGUUGUCUUGAGGGCUACGAUGGUGGAUUGCCAAUUCAAAGUUACCAUCUGGAAGUAGUAACCGAUGAUGAUGACAACGAUGGACCCAUUAUUUUGAACAAAACUGUUGCAGCGAGUCCAAAUGGACCCCUUUUUGAAGUUGCUGGUCUCACCACGGGAAAAAGUUAUAAAUUGUUCCUGUAUGCUGUUAACUCGAAAGGGCGCAGUGAACCAACUGUAUUGGAACCAGUGACUCUGAAAGGCGUCGCCAUGUACAAGACAGGCGGUACCAAUGCGUCAUUGCUGAGCCCACUACUUUUGGGCCUGGCAGCAACUGCAACACUUUUAGCCCUUGCCGUAGCCGUUUUUCUGGCAGCUUUAUACCGGAAGCAUUCCAGUGGCCGGGGAGGAAGUCCAAAGCACGCUCCUAUCGUGUGCGAACCACCUAAUGCAGGUUCAACCACUCCAGUACAUUCUCAAACUAAACAGGCGGUCGAUGAUAUCGACCCUGACAUAAUACCCAACGAGUACGAAAGAAGACCCUUAACAUAUACCCCUUAUAAGACACCACCGCAAAGACGGAGAAAGGGUCUGUCAACAGAUGACGCUACAUCACCUGAGAAGAAGCCGAUCGUUCGAUCUACGAUGGAUCUUCAACAAGAUCUCAGAUUGGACGAUUCUUCACCCAUGCCGACAAUAAAUUUCACCCAAAAUCACGUACAGCAAAAUGCGUACACUCAUCCACCAACAAUGGCGGAUUUCAAACAAAUGGCGAUGGAUGCCUACAAUCAGCGUAACAAUCACAAUGUUUAUUACAGCCUUCAGAGGGCGAGCAAAGGUAUUUCUUCGCUGCAACAAAGGCCCGUGUCUUCGAGUCUUUCUGCACAAGGGAGGAUUCAUCAACCAGAAGUUGUGACGCGCUCGAACAGAAUACAAGAAAGUUGUAUAUAAGUCCAAAGACUGCCAGCAUCUAGCAGAACUUUGUGGCUCACAAGAAUGACAUCCGUACAAACAUCUGUAUAAAGAAAUACGUGUAAUAUCGACUGCCUAAGGACCAACAACUCCGUGGAAAUUUAUUGCAAAAAUGUUGCAAAUAAUGAAGACUACAACAAGAGCAAGUAGACUUCUUUCAUUUAGUGUACCAGUCUCGAAACUACUCAUUAUCUCUUUUACUGUUCAUUGUACAAACUAACAGAGUUAUAUUAUAAGUAAUCGUCAUGACGUGAACAGGGACGAGUAUUUUUUAUUUCAAAAUAUUAUUUUAAAUGUCAGUGUAAAGUAUUUUGUAUAGUUAUAUUUUAACAUUUCUGCUUUGAAUUUAUGAUUAGCAUGUUUAAGCCAUUGUCUUUUUAUAUUAUAUUAUGUUUAAGUUAAUCUUCCAUCUAUUUUACAUUGUGAAUCACUAGUAGAAACAGAAUAAUCAAUAUUUUAUGAUAUUAAAAUCCCUGUGUCAACAAUAUUUCCAAACAGAUUAGCUGAUUGCACGGAGCGAUGAUUGGGAAAGCAAUUAUUGUUGGGAAAUGGAAUUUCAUAAAACGGAAAGCUGGUGACGCUGGAUCUAUAAUUUAGCAGUUAAAACGGAAGUUACAUGUAAAUUUCAAUUUUCUGUAAGUUAAAAACGAGAAACAAUUAUAAUAUGAGCAUUUAAGAGCGUAUUGUUUAAAAAAGGAGUGUCACUUCCUCUUGUGCAAAAACGGGCCUCAUGGCUCUAUUUCCUCUAAUUUGUUAAAUUCUCUAAAAUAAUUUAUUUUAAAAAUUGGACACCUUUUUCAAUUGAAAAUUUUCAAUCAACAAUCAUAGCAAUAAUUUUUUUGUAACAGUAUUUUUAAAAGUAUUGCUUGACUAAUUUAAUAGAAGAUUAUCAAAGUUUUAG